AUGGGCAGAAGAGACAUGCUGAAACAGGGUCAUAUCAUCUAUAACAGGAGAAGUACUGAACUCUGGAGAACAGGAACCAUCAUGACCCCCAGGAUUAGUCUCCCCUUCCUUCUCCUCCCCCUAGAACAGGAUAAAAGGCAUUUGCUGCACUCACUGGUCCAUUACAGCCACUUGGCCCAUAUUCCUGCAGACCAGAUGCACUGCUCCUCAGCUUUCUUCCUAGGGCUGCUGUUGCCCAUGGUGCUGUCCAGCCAUCCCCAGGUCAAGCCUGAAAUGGUCACUCACAAUGACACAGCCUACAGUUUGGGUCAGCUCCAGGCAGGAUCCAAGAGAGUGAGCAAUGUAGUGGGCUCCAUGGAUGAACAAGGCAACUGCCACUGUGUGAUCUAUCUACCCAACAGCCCCAUCCCCCUGCAGCAAAUAGAGAAGCUUCAGAAUGCUGCAGAAGAGCUUGUGGAGAAGUAUGAACUGGAGCUUUCCAAAGUGGAUGAGCACACUAGAGUCAUUGGAGCCCAGGAGAAGACAAUGCUAGAGCUCAUGCAGCACCUGGAAAAGAGGCAACAGGGCACUGGAUCAGAAUCUGUAUCUAGCCAUGCCUCCUAUUCCUCUAUUGAUCGCGACUGGGAUGCCCUUCGAGGGGAGCUACUAGGUGCUGAGAAACUCCUGACCCAACUCAAGACCCAGGGUAGAGUAAUGGGAAGCAAGGGCAGCAACAUUGAUGGAAUCCUCCAAAGGGUCAAGGGACAGGUGCAAAACGCCAGCAUCAUACUAAGGCAUCUGGCCAGCUCUCAGCAAGACAAUUUGCGGGUCACUCGCCAGGAGGUGAGUGCCUUGGAAAGCCAAUUGAGUGACUGUGAGAAGCAUCGAAGCCCUGGCCACCAGACCCAGAAUCUUCCUCCUGGCUCCUGUGCUCAUGGCAUCCUGCUCAGCGUCAGUCAUCCCCUUGUAGUUCAGCUCAAUUGGCGUGGCUUCAACUACAAGGCUGGUGCCUGGGGUCGAGAUACUGGACUCAACCCUACCUCUUCUCUCUACUGGGUGGCCCCACUCCGUUCUGAUGGCAGGUACUUUGACUACUACCGGUUGCACAAGUCCUAUGAUGACCUAUUACUGUUCAAAGACUAUGAGGAAUGGAAGAUGGGCUAUGGGGAUGGGAGUGGCAACACUGUCUACAAGAACUUCAUGUAUUUCAACUACUAUGGCACUGGCGACAUGGCCAAGGUAGACCUGGCCACCAACACCCUGGUGCUUCGCAGGUCCCUUCCUGGAGCCACCUACAACAAUCGCUUCUCCUAUGCUGGAGUGCCCUGGAAGGACAUGGACUUUGCCGGGGAUGAGAAGGGGCUGUGGGUAGUAUACUCCACAGAGGAGAACAAGGGUAACCUGGUGCUGAGCCGGCUCAAUGCCAGCACACUAGCUGUGGAGAAGACCUGGCGGACAGGGCAGUAUAAGCCAGUUGUAUCAGGGACCUUCAUGGCUUGUGGGGUCCUCUAUGCUUUGCGUUCCCUGAGCACUCGCCAGGAGGAGAUAUUCUAUGCCUUUGACACUAACACUGGCAAGGAGUACCACCUCAGCAUCCUGUUGGACAAGAUGCUUGAGACACUGCAGAGCAUCAAUUAUAGCCCCUUAGACCGGAAACUUUAUGUCUAUAAUGAUGGUUAUCUUGUCAUGCAUGACCUUGUUUUCCAGUGGCCUCGGCCACCUGCCAAAGGUGCAAAGGCAGGGCCCAAGUCAGGAAAGGCUUAG